AUGUCCGCCAACAAAAGAAUUGCAUUGCCUGCCAGAAUCGAGCCCAAGGUGUUUUUCGCCAACGAACGAACCUUCUUGUCGUGGCUCAAUUUCACCGUGAUCUUGGGUUCCUUGGGCGUGGGUCUCUUGAACUUCGGUGACCAGGUCGGCAGGAUCAGUGCUGGGCUCUUCACUUUCAUUGCCAUGUUGACCAUGGUGUACGCGUUGAUCACCUACCACUGGAGGGCAAAGGCCAUUCGUUUGAGAGGGUCUGGACCAUACGACGACCGCUUCGGCCCCACGAUGUUGUGUGUUUUCCUCUUGGUGGCCGUCGUGGUCAACUUCAUUUUGCGUAUCAGAGCCUAG